AUGCCAAAAAGCGACGCACGGGUGGACGUAACCGUGGUAUCUAAACAGGCAGCGUUGGGAGCAAUGCUAGACAGCAUUCAAGUGGUGUUUCCGGCUGCAGAGGAUGUCCUGGCACAUCUCGUUAAUACUGCAAAAUCGAGACCUCAAAUGAGUAAUUCAGCACCAAUAAGCGCACCACUAACCUCGUCUACAAUUGGGAAUGUCACGGCGACAGCCCAAAGAUUUUCUCUGUGGAUGAUUCAAAGAAUUAUUAUUGCUUGGAUUAAUUGCCAGCCUGGCUCGACGUUAAAACGGCUACUCCAAUGUAUGCUUAACUCCAACAGAUAUUAUAGCUCAGCAUGCGGCUUUGUACUGCAUAACAUCGCUGAUAAGACAAAGGCAACCCUAGUAGACAAACUGUUACUGCACCCGUGCUCAAUUAUAAGUACGCCGCCAAUUCUGAGUGAGUUUCUUCUUGGUUCCAAACACCUUGUUAACUUCUUUGCAGAAUCAUCUGAAGAGGCCCAGUUAUACUUUCAUAUUGAUACCCACUUGGGAUGCCUGCAACUUCGCUGUAUGCAUAACCAAAGGGCAAAUUAUUUUGGCCUUUUCCUUCUUGAUUGCUCUCGACGAUUAGGGGAGCCGCGGCGCUGGCAAAGCGUCACAGAAGUGAAGUAUCUUACAGGGGAUAAAAUUCGUUCUCCACGGCUUUUUGACACAAUAUACAUAAGGCAUAUUAAUAAGACACUCCGUGAUAGAUCAUUGUAUGAAGUAGCUGUGGUUUUGUGUACCAGCACAGUUGUGUAUUUUAUCACCUUUGUGUUGAGUAUGUCUUCGGGUAUGACAAUUCAUGAUACCCCUCAGGUAUACAAGUCUCAUUCAACGGCAGGCUUCCUAGGGACUCUCUUUGACAAACAGGAAGCGCAAGCUAAACGGGCUUCUGCAUUGCUCAAUUUCUUUUACAUAGCCAACGUAACACAUAAGCAUCCAUAUCUUUGUGUAAUCUCGCCAUUUUUACCUCUUUUGUUUGCAGUAUCGGGACGAUUCCUGGAGCCAUUCUUCUUAGAGCGGGGAGACGGGGGGUGCACAAUCCUUGGAGUAGUGGCGGUUAUAGGUCAGGACCCCAUCAUAAUUACUGCGGAAGGAAAGACCUACCGUGUGUCAGUUGCGCAGGAGCACAAUGGUGUACCGCACAUUACACUGGAGGAGAUCCAGACUAUCGAUUGCGUCUCCUUCCCCUGGACUGUGGCAACGACUCCGUACACUGCCGCCGUGAUACUUGAACAAGGCCGUGUAUUGAUCGUAGACCAGGAGGGUGAUCAGGCAAGACUCACUGAAAGACAGGUCUUCGGAGAAACACGUUGUAGAGACAACAGUAUUGCUCUAAAAGCUCUAGCGCUUCUAAAAUCUAUUGAAUCCCCAUCCAUCCGUGACAUUAUCUCCAUUGGUCUGCUACGCAUAUCCAAAACCAUCACCUAUGUAAUAGCAAUCGGUAAGAGAUGGGAUGGAAGUGGGUUCUUAGCAGUUUAUGAUACUGUCAAAUGGAGCAUUCGGGCCUACAAUACUGCACUCCCUGUAGCUUGUCUCUGUAGGGGAAAAGCGCUGAUUAGAAUAGCACUACUCGAUGGUUUCCUGUUCUGUGGACUAAAUUAA